AUUUCCUUACACGCAUUCUUUUACGCAUUGUACCUCGAGGAAGGUAGACGUACUUUUGUCUGAAGAUGUCUCAUCGUAAGUUCUCAGCACCUCGCCAUGGUUCCAUGGCGUUCUACCCGAAGAAGCGUGCCUCGCGGCACCAGGGCAGAAUAAAGGCAUUCCCGAAGGAUGACCCCACGAAACCGGUCCAUUUGACCGCUUACCUGGCGUACAAGGCCGGUAUGACGCACAUCGUCCGCGAAGCCGAUCGACCGGGUUCAAAGAUCAACAAGAAGGAGGUUGUGGAAGCGGUUACCGUCCUCGAAACUCCCCCGAUCAUUGUGGUUGGUGCCGUCGGAUACAUCGAGACUCCGUUCGGACCUCGUGCCCUGUGCAACGUUUGGGCUCAGCAUUUGUCGGAGGAGUGCCGUCGUCGUUUCUAUAAGAACUGGCACGUGAGCAAGAAGCGGGCCUUCACCAAGGCGUCGAAGAAAUGGACCGACGAUCUGGGCAAGAAGACCAUCGAGGACACGUUCAAGAAGAUGGUCCGUUACUGCAAGUUCAUCCGUGUCAUCGCCCACUCGCAGAUUCGUCUGAUUAAGCAAGGCCAGAAGAAGGCACACAUCAUCGAGAUCCAGCUGAACGGUGGCUCCAUCGAGGAUAAGGUGAACUGGGUGAAGGAGCACCUCGAGAAGCCGAUCCCGGUGUCGCAGGUGUUCGGUCAGGACGAGAUGGUCGACUGCGUGGCCGUCACCAAGGGCAAGGGUUUCAAGGGUGUGACCAGCCGUUGGCACACGAAGAAGCUGCCGCGCAAGACGCACAAGGGUCUGCGUAAGGUCGCUUGUAUCGGUGCGUGGCAUCCGUCGCGUGUCGCCUUCACGGUGGCCCGUGCCGGUCAGAAGGGUUACCAUCACCGUACGGAGCUGAACAAGAAGAUUUACCGCAUUGGAGCCGGUAUCCACACCAAGGAUGGAAAGGUCAUCAAGAACAGCGCUUCUACCGAGUACGAUCUUACCGACAAGUCGAUCACGCCGAUGGGUGGUUUCCCGUACUACGGUGAGAUCAACCAGGACUUUGUGAUGGUCAAGGGAUGCUGCAUCGGUGCUAAGCGUCGUGUCAUCACACUCCGCAAAUCGCUGUUGGUGCACACCAAGCGUUCCGCCCUGGAACAGAUCAAGCUCAAGUUCAUCGACACCUCGUCGAAGAUCGGCCACGGUCGCUUCCAGACGCCGGCUGACAAGCGCGCCUACUACGGUGUUCUCAAGAAGGAUCGCAUCCGCGAGGAGAAGGCCCAGGCUGCCGCUGCCGCUGCUGCUGCUGCCGCCAAGCCGACGGCGUAAAAGUGAUGAGAGGACCGGGAGAGUCAGAAAAACGGCGAAUUAGUGCAGCAUGGUUUGGACGAGUUGUAACAUGAAGUACUUGGACAAACACAUGGCUUGAUGAUACAAGUUGUAACAUGAAGUGCUUGGACAAACACAUGGCUUGAUGAUACAAGUUGUAACAUGAAGUACUUGGACAAACACAUGGCUUGAUGAUAAAAACUGUAACAAUAAUGUUCGUUCGUGAGAAGCGGUUGCUGGCUACCAGGCCAAAAGGAAAUUCAGCGUGGUUACACAGUAUUCUUGCUCCUCCCCUUAGUACACACUCUCGUCCUUAUCGCUAUCUUCACGUAAAUGAAUGUUACAUAUGUCUUACCUGCUGCAUCUAUUCGUGUAACUGUUUCUUUUGACUCUUCCAAGAGAAUUCUCUGUGCGUGUAGUUAUUACCGCCAUUAAAAUAAAAAAGUUCCAAUAAAAAAUAUAUCUACCAUGUGAUGUAGAACAAAGAGAA